UUAAACUUACUCUUUUGCAAUGAACGCCAUACAGCGAAAAUCAAAUUUCAUUUGCUUCACUGCAUUACCGGUGAAAUAUUUCAAAUUUAUCGGCAUAUGCCUGCAGCCACCGGAAAUGUUAAGUAUCAAGUGCGCUAGAGUUGUAACAGUGGUGUCUAUCAUUCUAAUGUUUCUACAUCAAUUCGUUUAUUUGUUUACACCGGAACUUACCUUUUCCGAAAGAAUUGAAGCUAUUGGGCUUCUGAAUUAUACAAAUGUUGCUAUCGGAAAGAUAUUCUCUCUGAUCUACAAUCGUGGACUGCUACUGAAAAAUUACUGCGAAUUGGAGCGUAUUUACCCUAGCGUAGCUGUGGAGCGUCACUAUAAACUUGGUCGCUACUUGCGUAUUUACGCGCGCGUUAAAUCCUUCCUCCACACUUUCUUUGUAUAUAUAUUGAUUGUAUAUUUACUUUUUCCUAUUGCGCAAUCUUUCUACGAUUUAUUUUCUACCGGUGCGUACACGUACCGCAUGCCUGCAAAGUUUUGGUAUCCUCUGUCAGUGGAGGAAUCGCUGUUGGCUUACCUAUUUUAUAUCUCACUUCAAUGUUUUGCAUGUGUUUGUGCCGCCAUAGUUAUAUUAAGCUCUGAUUUAUGCCUCUUUAACUCGGUUGCACAACUAUUAUUGCACUUGGAUAUGUUAGCUCAGCGUAUACUCGAACUGCAACCAGCUGAAAAAGGCAGCAUGCGCGCUUUGAAAGCGAUCAUCGAAUACCAUCAAACAAUUUUGCUGCUAGCACAAGAUGUGAACGACAUAUUCGCACCAUCAAUCAUUUUCAGUUUGGCCUCUUCAUCAUUUAUACUAUGCUUUAGUGCCUAUCAGCUAUUGGGCGAUGUAUCCUUCGUUUUCGGAGCGAAAGUGCUACUCCUGCUUGGUUAUGAAAUGAAACAAGUGGUUAUCACUUGUUAUUAUGGCGACAAACUGAUAGAGAGCAGCUCACGUGUGUUUGAUGUGGUUUACGCUCACGAUUGGACUGUUGGCUCACCGGCAUACAAGCGAUUGGCCCUGAUAAUGAUGCUUCGCACACAUAAGCCCAUUGCUUUAAAUGUAGCUGGUAUAGCAGACGUCUCGCUAAAUACACUAAAACAGGUCCUGAGCACCGCUUAUCAAGUAUUCGCAGUUCUGAAGACAGCCUAAACUAAACAAUCUCGUUUGUUGUGAAAUCUACGAACAUACAUAUUUGGUAUUUCAAAUUUACAUAUUUAUUAAUUAAAUACAAUAGAUG